AUGGCAGUGAACCAGACGGCAGCGUUGAAGGUUUCGUAUAUAAAAAUCAUACGAAAUAAACAAACUGGACAGUCUGAAGGAUACGGAUUCGUGGAGUUUAGCUCUCGAGCAACGGCUGAAAAGGUUUUACAGAGCUGUAAUGGUUCUCUGAUGCCAAAUACAGAGCAACCUUUCCGUCUGAACUGGGCUCCGUUCGAUGUGAACGAAAGACGAUCUGAUGCUGGCUCCGAUCUAUCUAUAUUCAUAGGAGAUUUGGCUGCCGAUGUAACUGAUACAGUGUUGGAUGAAACCUUUUCUAGUAAAUUUCAAUCUGUCAAAGGAGAAAAAGUUGUUAUCGAUUCGAAUACCGGUCGUUCGAAAGGUUAUGGUUUCGUUCGGUUCGGUGAUGAAAAUGAAAGGUCGAAGGCCAUGACUGAAAUGAAUGGAGUGUAUUGCUCAAGUAGACCAAUGAGAAUUAGUGUUGCCACUCCCAAGAAAGCAUUUGGAUAUCAGCAACAGUAUUAUUCGCAAGGUAGACAAGCAUCGAAUGGUGCUGUGGAACAAGGUCUUCAUUCUCAUAAUGACUCGAACAAUGCUACCAUUUUUGUUGGAGGACUUGACUCGGAUGUUAGCGAUGAUGAUCUUAGACAACCCUUUUCCCAGUUCGGUGAGAUCAUCUCUGUGAAAAUACCACUUGGAAAAGGAUGCGGGUUUGUGCUAUUUGCAAACAGAGCUUGAACGGAACAACCAUAGGCAAGCAGACUGUCCGACUUUCUUGGGGUCGAAAUAUUGGAAACAAACAGCAUGAGUCAUAUUGCAGUGCACCAAAGCUUACUUAAAACCAGUUUUGAUUGCGGAGAGCUGAUUCUAGAAACCAGUGGAAUGGAGGUUAUUAUUGACGGUAAGGCUACGGUGGUUACGGUACGGUUACGGUUAUGGCUAUGCAACACCACCAAGUCUGGGUCCUAGCAUGUACGCCGCUGCAGCUGCCGUUCCUAGUGCUUCUUAAGAGUGGUGAGGUGCUUCGAGAGUUCAAUCAUGUUAAUCCACAAACGGAGUUUUUGAAAACGAUUCAUAAGUUAGCUGAUACGGUUAUUAGAGGGUUGUUGAAGUAUUGGCCUUUGACUAAUUGUUAGAAGGAAGUUCUCUUCCUCGGGGAACUUGAGGAAGUACUUGAAGCAACACAGUCUGUGGAGUUCCAACGAUGUAUGAUUCCGCUUUUCAGACAGAUUGCACGUUGCCUCAAUAGCUUACAUUUCUAGGUGACCGAGAUUCCUAACAAUUUUCUUUAUUGCUGGAACAAGUCUUAACCAAGAUCAAGAUCAAAGUACUGCACUAAGUUAUAUAUGCAAUCAUUGAAAUACUUUGGCUUCAUCUAAAGCCUGAACCAACCCUCUGUUGUACAUUGUUUCUUCUUCUUUUCUAAUCUUUUUCCUUUGAUUAAUGAGAUGUGAUGAUGAUUUGGCAUUAUUUUCUCACCAGGAUGAAUUAUGUUUUAGAAAUUCUAAUACUUUGUGUGUCUGUGUGUGUUUUUUAUGUAUUAAAUUACAUAUUGAAUCAAUGUUUACGUAUUAAAUUUAAAUUCAUUAAUUUUUA